AUGGGCGGCGCAACCGUGUUUGUUGUGUUUGAUUGGACAACCAGCCGAACCAUCUCCACUCUUGAGCAUGCCAAAUGUCUGAUAGUGGAGCCGUCCACCGAGCAGCUGGAAAGGAAAGUGGAAUCAAGGCCAAAGAACCCCCCGCCCCCGGAGGCCCUUUGA